AUGUAUAUCUGCAGUGACAGCCUGGCCGCGCUUAGAGCCCUCCAAAAAGUAGAAAUUGGGUCGAAGCUAGUCAGGGACUGUGCACUGACUUUGAGACAGCUAUCUCUGAACAACAGAGUUAAGCUGCUAUGGGUAGCAGGUCACGCUGGUAUCCCAGGUAAUGAGAGGACUAACGAACUGGCACGAAUGGGGGCGACAAGCUCCCAGCCAUGCCAUGAGUACCCCAUUGGCGUCUCAACCUAUGCGUUGAAAGGCCUGGCCAAGGACUGGUUAAACCAGGAAUUCAUCAGGCUCUGGCAUAAAGCUAACGGCAUGAGACACACGAGGGCCCUACUUGAGGGACCGUCACAAAAGCUGGGUGACACCUUAAUUCACCUGGACAGGGCGCAACUACGCAUGCGCGUGGGCCUAGUGACAGGACACUGGUACACGAGGAAACACCUCGCGCGCAUGGGACACAUAGAAGAGUCGACAUGCCCGAGGUGUGAGGAGGAGGACGAAACACCUCUCCACGUACUUCUAAGAUGCAGGGAACUAAGGGCCCUAAGAGGAUCAAUCCUGGGGACCUUGGAACCCUCAUCAUUAAGUAUUUCGGCUGGCCUGGUGCUGGUGCUUCUAAAUUUUGCAACAGAAGCCCAGCUGCCAAGGCACAGUCAAUAA